UGUGCCAUAGUCACGCUCAGUUCUCUCCUUCUUCUUUAGUGUUCUACGAACCUUCUCCGUGUAGAAAGGUUCUAACGAAUUUCCUCAUAUGACGUAUCAUUGAUGCACUUUAUCAACUUCUUUAUUAUUUACCUGAAAUAUUCAAUCAAUUAAUACAUUUUCAAUCAAUUGUUAUUUAAUAAUAAGUAAUUUUAUUUAUUUUUAAGUAUGUCAGUGUUAUUUCAUUUUGAUUCAUACUAGUAGCUAAACAUUCAAUCACAUAAGAAGAAAAAGAAAAAGAAGCGCGGGCUUUCAAGAUUCAUCACUGUACCCAUAGAACGUAUCUAAUCUGAUAAAUAAGAUGGCAAGACAACAGACAGCCGAUCGAAAUAUACCUCAUUUACGUGACAUCUUUGGUUUUGGUAAUAAAUGGGAAAAUGCGCGUAUGCAAGCCGAAGAAAAAGCUGCUGGGCACGACAGCGCGGUUUCGGUAGGUUCUACUUCUGGGGAAGAAGAAAGUCCGAAGAACAGUAAGAAAAAGAAGACCAGAAGACGGGACAACAGUAAAACCCUUACUGAAAGCGACGUCAAACAUUUGGAGAGACAUCUUUCAAUGAAGAAGACGAUACGCAAGAAGAUAAUGCGUGAUCUUCAACAGGCUUUUGUUGAAGAUCCUAAUGAGUUCCGCGUCGAUGACAUACCACCGGAACAACUCAAAGCUGAAAUCAAUAUUCAGAGUCUCAGUUUCGGUACGCCAUCUCAAAAACAGGGACGCACGCGUGGCAAUGCCGAAAGCACGUUUCUUGAUAUGCUCAGAGCAGGUGGUGGUUUAGAAAAAAAUGGUACAGAUGGUGAUAGGGAUUCUGGACACGGUGGUUCACCAACAAGAGAAACACCCAGUGCCCAAGAUACAGAUGAUGAAUGUAGCUAUAGUUAUGAUACUCCAACAGCAAUGCCACCGAAGAAAAGCGGCAACUUUUGGAGACGUUUCACUAUGAAAAAUCGUAAUAAACGAUAAGGAUCAAUCGUGUUUGAUUAUAACUAAAGAGUUUCGUUGACCAAACUCGAGGAUACAAACUCUAUAUCAAUAUUUAUUAAUUUCCACCCUUUAUUACCAUCGUAUCGACGUAGUUCGAGCAGAGAUUUGCAACUGUGAUAUGCAUUGAAGUCCAGUCCUAUUCCCUUUCGGAGAAAGAAUUUCUCAUCCUUGUUUUUCUCCUCCCUCUCUCUCUUCCUCUCUCUUCUUGCCUCUUUCUCUUUUCCUUAUUUCUAUUGUAAGAUUUUAAGAAGUUUCCAAUAAAGCUUUAUAAUAAAAAGCAUUGAAUUAGAGAUCAAAUCUAUUUUAAGAAAUGAAAGUACAGACAAGUACACGCACAAAGUAAUAUUUUGAAUAAAAUAAGAGCAUAUCAAGAAACAUUUUAAACAUUCGUUAUUCAAUAAUUCUUCAAUUUUUCAUCUCAAUGACAAUCACUUGUAUUAUUAUACAUAAUUGAAGAACAACAUGACAAUACAUCAUAUCUAGUAAUAAAAUGUAACAUACAAAAGUAUCAAACAUUUUCUACUCGUAUACAAUAUACAAGAAAAACUUAAUGGACCACUUUAUACGCUAUAUAUUUUAUAUAUCGUAUAUUAUGGAAACUUCUUAAUAAUCUGCAUAAAAACAUAAUCAAUUAUAUAUACUUAUAAUAAUAAGCACCACACAAAUUUUUGAUGUUUAUUACUAUUAAAAAAUAAGAUGAGAGUGUCGAAUGUAAAAUAUUAGUUUUUAGUAUCUAUAAGAAUAGAUAGUUUUCUUAAUGUGUUGUCUAAAAUCAAGUGAAUAUGUGAAUUUUGAAAAAUAUAUGUAUAAAUAUAUUUGAAACGUAUACAUACACUAACGCAUGACUUUGGUAUAUGUGCAUAUUAUUAGUAUUAGCUAGUCAACAUCGCUCUUGAAUAAACUUAUGCAGUAUAUCAUAAUAAUCUUUUAAAUUAAAAUAUGAAAGCUUCAAUUGCGGGAACGAAAGCUUUCUGCAAUUAUAUAAUAUUUACAACACACAUCGCUUUAAAAAAACAAAUUUAUAUUACAUUUAUAAUCAAUUUCAAACAAUUUCUUAACUAUCUUUCUUAAUCAGAUUACUCUUUUCAUUAUAUAAAAUGAAUCUGUUGUUUUUUUUUCAGCUUUACAAGUAAUUGAAUUAUACAAUUAUACAAUUACUAUUUUUCUUUUCACACCUUCCACAUUACAUUAAUUAAUUCAUUGUCAAAUACAAUUUAUUUAUCGCUUAUCAUUUAUUUUCAUCCUUUUCGUUUCGAAUGCCAGCUAUAGGCAGCAUCCACGAGAUAGAUCUGUGGGUACGAGCGCCAUUUAUAGGGGUCAUUCAUAAUAUGGAGGGGUACGAACGCCGCUAAUAUAUAGUCAGAUAUUAAUGUAAAUUUUUUUUUCUAUUAUUUCUAUAUCUACUAUUCUUUGCUAUUUCCGCCAAGAUCGGUAUUGACGAUAUCUUCAAAUAGGUUUAGACCAUUCAGUCCUAGAUGCUGUGGCGUUCAUUUCCGUAAAAUUCGUUAGAGCUUUAUAAAGGAAUUAAUACAGCCGAACAAAAAAACGCUAAUUAAUUGUUACCAAUUUAUUUCGCAAGGUGGUGUUAUCUGUAGAUUAACUAUGUCAUUAGUAGAAACAUCAUCCACUCUUGCAAUCCGUAUAUAUAGUAAACAUUAUCACUAACAAUAAGAUAGAAUAAAUAUGUCGACCACUGAAGAUUGGCGUAAUUCUGAAUUUAAGAAAAAAAUAUUAGAUAUAGUGUAAGAGUAUUAUUUCUAAAAAUUACACAUUAUAAAUAGACUUUUUUUAAAUAUUGUACUUGAAAUGUUAUAACUACUUAAAUGUUUAUUCUGUUUAAAUACGUAGCAAGAAGGUUGCAGAAAAAUCAAAUAAGUUUACACUAUUUAACAUCUAUGCAAUGGAAAAUGUCUAUUUCUUGACAGCAGAUAACAAGGAUGAUUAUCUCACGUUUAUUGCAAGACUUAUAUCCCAUAUUCAAGAAGAAUAAGAUUAAUUAUAUACUAUAAUAUAUUCAAUUUGUUAUAAUAUGUUUCUAUUAUGAUCUAAUUUCGACUAACAUUUACUUUAUACAAAAUAAACAUAAAUAAUAAAAACAAACAUUUAAAA